AUGCGAUCUGCAACUCUGCUAUGGUUCCUUGGUACCGCUCUGGCGGCGCCCUCCAAGGCAUGUGGCUCCUGCAAAGCCUACCCUGGGACAGAGGCUUGGCCCACGAGAAGCGAAUGGACAGCCUUGAAUGACACGAUAUCGGGUCGUCUCAUUCAGCCCAUAUUGCCUGGAGGUGUUUGUCACGAGGACCAACCUAAUUUCGACGAAGCAGAAUGUCCUACCCGUCAAAGCGAGUGGGCAUCCUACGAUUGGCACAGCACGGAUCCAGUGUCAGUGAUGUACGACAACGCUGCCAACUGGACGUGUCUGCCAGACCCCAAAGACCCCUGCACAGGCGAGGGUUACCCGGCCUAUGUCAUCAACGCAACGACGACAGAACAUGUCAAGGCUGGCGUGGACUUUGCGCGAGACAACAACAUCCGUCUGGUGGUCAAGGCGAGUGGCCACGACUUUCUCGGCCGAUCCGUUGCUCCUGGAUCACUCUCCAUAUGGAUGCACCAUUAUGACAAUGUCGAGUUCCACGCUGGCAGCUUCCAGCUGAACGGGACGGACUCUGUGUUCGAGGGAGACUCCAUCUCUUGCGGUGGCGGCACCAGCAUGUAUAGCCUCUAUCAGGAGACCGACAAGCAUAAUACGACCGUGGUCGGGGGUGGUGCCAAAAGUGUCAGUGUCGGUGGCUACAUCUCAGGAGGGGGCCACAGCAUGCUCUCUCCCGACUAUGGCCUGGCUGCCGAUAAUGUCAUUGAGAUGGAAGUCGUGACGCCCCUCGGGGAUGUCCUCGUUGCCAACAAGGAAUCAAACAACGACCUUUACUGGGCGCUCCUGGGCGGCGGCGGUUCGACCUUUGGCGUCGUGACUCGCUUCACGAUCAAGGCCCAUCCUACUCCGAAGAUGCAGUUCGUCACAUUCAUGGCAGCUACCAGCCCGAGCAACCCCAUGGCUGCCGACAUUGUGACUUUUCUCGCAAGUCAGUUUCCCGAUCUCAACGAUGCUGGUUUGCGCGGCUAUGGCUUCAUGACCAUGACUGGAUUCGACACGGGCGUCGAGGGUGUGCCCACAGAAUGGGCAGGCAUUUCGGGCGCCUUCACGGUGGUCAAUCAGUCAGUGGAGUACACCGAGAGUCUGUUCACAGAGUUGAACAAUACGCUCCUGGAAAGGUCCAACGGCACAGGCUCCGUGACUAUCCUACCCGUUCGGACGUACAACACCUUCAUGGAGUACUUUGACGAGAGGUUCGAUGCAGGCAACGCCGGGUCUACCGCACUUUUGAAGUCUCGCCUUCUAGAUCGGCGGGUCUUGACCAACGACCUAGAUGCGCUGAAGGCGGCGCUGAUGGCAGUGAUAAAUGUUCGCGGUUUAAUGCAUUUCUAUCCCCUUGCCGGCAAGGCCGUUCAUGAGGCUGCCAACGGUGGUCGUGACAACUCUGUCAACCCUGGGUGGCGCAGUGCUUACGUCCACGCAUUGACCUCCAUGGGUUUUGAGCCCUUCAACAGGACUGCCGAGAAGGAGGCCCAGGCUCUCCUGAAGGAGGCUUGGGAGCCCAUGGUGCAGCUGACGCCUGGUAUGGGGUCGUACAUCAACGAGGCCGCAUACUUUGAGGAGAAUCCCGCCGAAACCUUUUGGGGCGACAAUUAUGAACGUCUGCUCCAGAUCAAGCGCGAGGUUGACCCAAUGGACGUCAUGUGGUGCCCGUUCUGCGUUGGGCACGAGCACUGGGAGCAGCGGGAGAAUGGGCAGCUUUGCAGACUCGCGGGACCGAGUAGAAUGCGCUUUCGGGAGAACUGA